UGCGUGCGUGCGUGUAUGUCGUGUAGUUUCGGUCCGUGCCAUGGGUAGAUCUGUGCUGUUCCUAUGAUUUGACCACCAUCAGUGUUCAGUUGUUAGACAUGAGAAGUUCCCGUAUAGUGCUGGAAACUUUUCUUUACUUUAGUGAGUUUGAGAACUUGCCAGAAACUUUUUGAUCAUCGAAACAAAAUAAUGGAGCCCAUUACAAAGUGGACACCGACUCAGGUUGUGGACUGGAUCAGAGGGCUGGAUGACAGUCUACAGCAAUAUGUUCUGAACUUUGAGAGAGAGAAGAUAGAUGGAGAGCAGCUUCUGAAGAUCAGCCAUCAGGAUCUGGAGGAACUGGCAGUGAACCGCGUUGGCCAUCAGGAGCUCAUUCUGGAGGCUGUGGAUCUCCUCUGUGCAUUGAACUGUGGUGUGGAGACUGAUAACUUGAAAACUCUGGUCGGUCAGACGCAAGCAGCAUCCAAUAACCUGCACAACUGUGCAUCAGAGCGCAGGAAAAACCCUUCUUAUGAUGGAGGCUGUCCAGACAAACCACCUAACAUGUUCCUUACAGCUGUUGUGGAGCUGAUAGGAACUGCCAAGGGUAUGCUUGCUUGGCUUGACAGGACUCCCCUCACUGGUGUCAGUGAUUUCACUUCGACCAAGAACAGAAUCAUUCAGCUCUGUCUGGAACUGACCACAACUGUACAGAAGGAUUGCACAGUGUUUGAAAUGGAGGAGAAGAUAUUAGAAGUGUCACGGGUGUUGACUGGCAUUUGUGAUGCUACCAUGAGGAUGACCUCUGACCCUUUGAAGAGUCACAUGACCUGUUUGGAGGAAGUCCACAUCAGCAAUAUUAAUCCGGGCGAGGGACUGGGAAUGUACAUCAAAUCCACUUACGAUGGGCUACACGUCAUUACUGGAACCACAGAAAAUUCUCCAGCAGACAGAACUCAGCGGAUCCAUGCAGGCGAUGAGGUGGUACAAGUAAACAGACAAACAGUGGUGGGCUGGCAGUUGAAGAAUCUGGUGUCAAAGCUCAGAGAAGAUCCUGAGAAGGUGACACUGAUAGUGAAGAAGAGACCCUCAGGUACCUGCGGCUUUACUCCUGCACCCUUGAAGAACAUGCGCUGGAGACCGCCUGUCGUCCAGAGCCCAUUGUAUGUGCCUGUUGCCCAGUCAUCUAGAAAUCCUGCACAGAUCUCAACCAAGCGGCCGGAGAAACCUGCUAUUUUAGAUCUGUAUAUUCCUCCUCCCCCCUCCAUGCCGUACAGCCCACGAGAUGAAGAGACGAGUGAAUGUACAGGUGUAAAGAUCAGACCAAAAGGGUCAGAGUCACCAAACUCAUCUCUGGACUUAGCUAGCAGGCGGCGUUCCAACAUCGCAGAAUACAACAGCAAACCCAGCGUGAGCCCACCAGAGAUUGUUGUCCCACAGGCGCGACUGAGACAGCGCACCCCCUCUAGAGGAAAGCCCCGUCCCAUGUCCAUGCCAGUAGACACUUGCCUAGGUGUGUCGGAUUCCCCCUCCAGACCCUGGGGUCUUGGAAGGAAAGGUGAUGAGGUGUUGCACAGGUAUCUGAGUAAUGAACAGAUCCCCACCAUCUCUGAAGAGUCGCCAUGUUUCCCACUGCCCUACCGCCCCAUGGGUGAAAGGCAGCUCGUCCGAGGGGUCGACCAUAUCCGUGGCAGCCAGUGUUUCAUCAAUGCAGACCUUCACAACAGCGCCACCAUCCCCUACCAAGAAGGGGUUGCUCAGAAGACCUCUGCACUUAAAUCCUCUAAGAGACCACCGUCAGAGCCCUCACUGCUUAACAGCUGGAUUGCCCGACUCAAGCUGCUCACACGCUGACUUUGUUUUCAUGUCGCUGCUGUCUCCUGCACCUGCACUCAACUAUUACAAGGCAGUCUGCCAUCCGUGUGCAGUAUUAUCAAUGAAAAUUCAAGAGUGUUCCAUGGGAUCACUCAGGAAUGUUCCAUAGGAUCCUCAAAAAUUGAGCCUGAGAAAUCUGUUGAAAUUCAGUUUGGUCAGUUUUGCAGACAUCCUCAGGAUAAUGUCUGUUACUUCAGUUAAAGUUUUGUCAGCAUGAAAGACACUACUGAGAACGCUCUCUCUGUGAAAGAUAAAUCAGGUCUUUUAAAGGAUUUUCACUUGCCUCUUUAAGUGACUAUCAUUAUUAUUUAAUUUGUAAAAAAUAUUGUAUAUUCUAAAUACUGGUCCAACUUAAUUUCUGCUUGCUAAAAUGUUUUGAUAUGCUUUUGUGAGUUAAAGCUAUUUCAUCUCUGAAAUGAGGAAAGAAACUACAGUUAAAAUCAGAAGUUUACAUACACCUUAGCCAAAUACAUUUAAACUCAGUUCCUAACAUUUUAACAAUUGUCAGGAAUUGUGUAUAUAUAUAUAUAUAUAUAUAUAUAUAUAUAUAUAUAUAUAUAUU